CUAAUCCUAUGUGCUGCUGAUCCACAGCCUGCCAGCCCCCCAUCACUGGGCCCACUGGAGCCCUCCGUAGCCAGCAGGAUGUGCAGCCCCAGCCCGGAGCAGGACAGCGGGACCACAUCGUGCCUGGAGCAGGAGGAGCUGGCCACGCUGCAGAGCCGUCUCCAGAGGAUGAGGAUGAAGCCCCCCACCCAACUGCCCCCCAUCCCCGCUGGGGUCGGCGCUGAGCUGCAGAGCCGCCUGCAGAGCCUGCGGGGCCUGGAGCUGCGGCUCCGUGCCAAGGCAGCGGGCAGUGGGACGGGGCAGCCUGGGGUCACCAGGACAGAGGCUCCGGUAGCAGCAGAGAAUAGCUCACGGCUCCCCGCAUACCAGCGCUUCCAUGCCCUGGCACAGGACACGCCACCAGGGCUGACACUGCCCUACAAGUACAAAGUGCUGGCAGAGAUGUUCCGCAAUGUGGACACCAUUGCUGGGAUGCUCUUCAACCGUGCUGAGACCAUCACCUUUGCCAAAGUCAAGCAGGGCGUGCAGGACAUGAUGCGCAAGCAGUUUGAGGAGCGGCACGUGGGGCAGAUCAAGGCGGUGUACCCCACCUCAUACCGCUUCCGCCAGGAGAAGAACAUCCCCACCUACAGCAGCGGCGUGAAGAAGUCUGAUUACCAGCUGACACUGGAGCCGGUGCUGGGGGAAGAUGAGCAGCUGUGUGGCCGCCCUCACCUGUCAGCAUCACGCCUGCUGGAGCGCAGGAAGGAGUUCCACCGCAGCCUGGUGAACAUCGUCAAGCAGCACCACGCGGCAUUCCUGGCUGCGCUGAGCCCUCCCAUGGAGGUGCCGGAGGACAAGCUGACCCGCUGGCAUCCCCGCUUCAACGUGGAUGAGGUGCCUGACAUCAGCCCAGCAGAGCUGCCACGGCCACCGCAAGAGGACAGGAUCAGCACGGCACAGGAGGUGCUGAGUGCAGCUCGGGGCACAAUGAGCACUAAGAUGGAAAAAGCUCUUGCCAACCUGGCCUUAAGAAGCGCUGAAGCCGGUGCGGAGGAACCGGCGCUUUCCAAAGCAGCGUCCCCUGCCAGCACCUCCAGCGCUCUCAAAGGGGUGUCCCAGGCGCUGCUGGAGCGGGUCAGUAAUUCCAUC